CCCUCUGGAACGCAGCCGGCAAAUCGGGUUACAGCAGCAGUCGGCUGCCCCAGAGGCAGAAGCGGGUGGCGUUCGGGGGCGUCCGCGGGCUUCCGAAGUCCAACAUAUAAAGCUGCUAAAAGCAGAGCAGAUCUGGUCAGGUUCCGAGACGCUGAGUCCAGAGCAAUGUUGCUGAAGACAGUGGUCUUGCUGGCCCUGGUGGCCCAUGUGCUGGUGCUAGAGAAUGGGCUCCUGCGGAAGCCACCCAUGGGCUGGCUGGCCUGGGAACGUUUUCGCUGCAACACCAACUGCGAGGAGGACCCGAAGAACUGCAUCAGUGAGCGGCUCUUCAUGGAGAUGGCCGACCACCUGGCACAGGAUGGAUGGCGGGACCUAGGCUACAUAUACCUCAACAUCGACGACUGCUGGAUUGGUGGGCGGGACGCUAAAGGCAACCUGGUGCCCGACCCCAAGCGCUUCCCCAACGGCAUUGCCUUCCUGGCAGACUAUGCUCACUCCCUGGGCCUGAAGCUGGGCAUCUACGAGGACAUGGGCAACUUCACCUGUAUGGGCUACCCAGGCACCACACUAGACAAGGUGGUUCAGGACGCUCAAACCUUUGCCGCGUGGAAGGUGGACAUGCUGAAGUUGGAUGGCUGCUUUUCGACCCCCAAGGAACGGGCCCAGGGGUACCCCAAGAUGGCAGCUGCCCUGAAUGCCACAGGCCGCCCCAUUGCCUUCUCCUGCAGUUGGCCAGCCUAUGAAGGGGGCCUUCCCCCAAAGGUGAACUACACUCUGCUGGCAGAAAUCUGCAACCUCUGGCGCAACUAUGACGACAUCCAGGACUCCUGGAGUAGCGUGCUCUCCAUCCUGGACUGGUUCGUGGACAACCAGGACAUCCUGCAGCCGGUGGCAGGCCCUGGGCACUGGAACGACCCGGACAUGCUGCUCAUAGGGAACUUUGGCCUCAGCUUUGAGCAAGCCCGGGCCCAGAUGGCACUAUGGACGGUGCUGGCAGCGCCCCUCUUCAUGUCCACGGACCUGCGUACCAUCUCAGCCCAGAACGUGGACAUUCUGCAGAAUCCACUCAUGAUCAAAAUCAACCAGGAUCCCUUGGGCAUCCAAGGACGCAGGAUUCGCAAGGAGAAAUCCCGCAUUGAAGUGUUCAUGCGGCCCCUGGCCAAUGGGGCCAGCGCCUUAGUCUUCUUCAGCCGCCGGACAGAUAUGCCGUAUCACUACCACUCCUCCCUCGCCCAGCUCAACUUCAACAGCUCCCACACGUAUGAGGCCCAGAAUGUCUACACGGGUGAUGUCAUCAGUGGCCUCCACUCUAAAACCAACUUCACAGUGAUCAUCAACCCCUCAGGGGUGGUGAUGUGGUACCUGUAUCCCGUCAGGAAGCUGGGGACGCCCCAGCACUGAGGAGCUGAGACAUGGGACAGGCUGUGGCGGCGCCGCUGAGCCCAGACUAUGGAGCCUCCACAUGCCGAGGCCGGCAGGCGGGGUUCUCGGACACCCAGGCGCGCUCGGGGACUUGGCCCCAUCAGACCCAAAGUGCAAUCUCAGGGCCAGGUUCCAUGCCCUGCCCAAGUGUGAACCUUCUUGGAAACUUGUCUUGGGGCGAUUUCCCAUGGCCUUCCUGGCUUCCAUCUUGCCUGCGCGGCCCCACAGAUGUUACUGAGGAACUCAGCCAGCCUCCUGAGCCCCCACAAGCAGGGGGACUGAUAACCCUCUGACCUUUUUGUUCACUCUGAAAUCAGGAAUUUUUUUUGAAAUUUGUAAAUUUGGAAUUUUUCUUAUGAUUAGGAGUGGAGAUCUGACCUCUUGUCAGGAACUGCCAUGAAUCGUGUGACUGGUUUUCCCGCAUGGAUAAGGCCUUACAGGCUAACACCACCAAGGUAGCCUUGGUUCCGUCAGGUUACCAAUAAAGCUGUUCUUUAACUGAGUAGUUGCAGUAUGGACCUGGGGCCACGGGCACCUUCAGUGAGGGACUCUGGGAGGGACAGUACAUAGGCUGCUGGUUUCAGAUCUCACCCCACAUGGAAGGUGUGUGGCAUCUUCUGGCUCCUCAUUUUCCAAAGUGACCUGCAGACUGUACUUCCUAGAGCUGCCAGACUUGCCUCUCCCCGGGGAGCCACCCUGCUCUGCCCAACGGAGCAGGAAGGACUGUGAAGCAGAGCAGCAGGUGCCCAGGCCCUUUGUCUUGUGCAUCCCUCCCCCACCCCAUUCAGACUCACUCCUCAGCCCUCCUGCUAAUAGAAGACCCUGAUCUGCUAAGGAUUUUGCAUUGUCUCCAGCCGCCGCCUGCUCAUGUCCCCCUUUCUGCAGGGCUUCGUUCAGGGGCACUCCGGAGCGGACUGCCCGUGAGGGGGUCAGCCAGCCUUCUCCCACAGGGCCACGACAGCUGCUCCUCUGCCCGGCAGUGCCCCAGCCCUCCCUUGGUAUCUCUUUUCCUAACCUGGCUUCCGAGGAGGUUCAGAUCCCACCGCUGUGUCCAAAGACAAGUCGAGGGGCUCUUUGUGUCUUAGAAUAUACUUCCUGCUCCUCCUCCUCCUUCAGGAAAGUCAAAGAAUGGCAGGUUCUUGACUGCCUCCCUUUGGUUCCUAUUUCCCAAACCCUAUUCAUUUAGCCAAGGCCACAAGGCACCUGUGGUCCCUGAUGGCUCUUGUCCCCAUCUGGAAAGCUGGCAGCAGAGCAGGCUAGGUAGGUUUUCCUUGGGCUCUGAAGAUGGGAGCGCCCAGUGCCUCAGGCCUUGCACUCUUUUGCCCUGUGGGUACUCUUCUGCGUAGAUCUCCCAUGCUCCCUCCCUCAGGGUUUGAGUUCCUUUAUAGGAAUAUGGUAUAAAGAACUGCAUGUUUUACUGUGUCAUUAGGAUCACUGGGGCUUCACUGAUUGAGUCUGGGGUCAUCAGAGAGAGCUCCCUUUUCCUAGCUGAUGUCUUAAGGCGAUGGGUCACUUAGAGUGUCAGAAGCCUACCUCCUCCCUUGGAGGCCUGUCACCCCAUGCAGAGCUCCAGCUUUGGAUCCUGAUUAUAGCCCGAGUCAAGCCUAGAGGGAAUGGCCUCAGGUGGGGUGCAUUCUUUGGCCAGUCCUAGAAAGAAGUCUUUCCUACUGCCCUGGGGGAAAGGUGGGGGAAAUAGCAGGGGAUGGUGGUUGAGACCAUAGACUUGGGAGCCAGGGUUAGGGAGCAGCCCAGACUUGACCAGUCAGUUCAUUUGCCCUCCAGACUGAGACACGGUUACAUGUCUUCACUUGUGAUAUAACUUGUCCUUUUAUCCUGGGGGUACCAGAUUGAUUCUCUCUUUAGCCUUCAUGCUCUCGAUAUCACCCCUGCCUAUCUCCCAGGGGUGGUUUUACUCCCUUCUAUCCAAGGCCAAUUAGGAGCUCAAUUAUUUUUUCCCAGUUCAAGGCAUCCUUGUUUGGACCCAACGGUACACCUCAUCUUUUAAGAAAGAUUAUAAAAGUUUUCAAACACAAAACUAAAAUGGUGAACUCUGUGUACCCAUUACCCAGUUCCAGCAAACAUCAACAUGUGCUAAGAUUUCAUAGCUGUCUUCCCACACAUACUUUUUGUGAGCUGGAGUAUUUGAAAGUAAGUCAAAGAAAACUGUAAAUGCCACUAUGUAGCUCUAGGAGGUCUUUAAAAACAUAUGUGACCUUAAUAUAAUUUUCCUGGCCAACAAAAUAAAGUUUUUAAUAAUCUAA